AUGCGAGUUUUCAAUGAGCCCGAAUACUUGGACAUGAUUCAAGAAGAUGGCCUGUCUUGGGAGGAGAUCAUUGCUCGGCCCAGCUUCAAACAUAAUCGCCUCUUUCGAAUGACUCCCAGCAUCAACAAGCAGAGUAUUAAGGAUGCUCUCUUCGGACAAGGGGAGAUCUUAGGCGCUCUUAUCUACUACCGAGAACUGGAACAGCUGCUACUGUCAACCCAGGGCCACGAUCCAACAAAAUCGAAAGCCCAUGUUAUCACAACAAUUGAAGAGUAUGCCCAUGCGAAGGCUGCUCUUCGGGAGUUAGAAACCAUUUUGAAUCGAUAUGAAUGGGAUGUAGACGCAGGUGACGCCAACGAGACCUUGGGUCGACUGACAUUGCCUCUCACAGGGGUCGCACCAGGGAAGGAAGGGUUGUUCUCUGCUCAUCCUCCGGAUUAUCUGACUUGA